CUUGGGCCGAGGAUUGUGUCGUCUAUAGUUGUUGUGAGUGCCAGCUGAGAGAGAGAGAAAGAGCUUCGCUGACGAACUAUGCCAGUGCCAAAGUGACGCCUUGCCAACAGAAUUACUGGGUUCAGACAUGAAGAAAUGACCAAUAGAAGCUUGCUGGUCCUUCUCUAUUUCGUUCAAGGUCUUUUUGGUGUUUUGAACCAAGAACUGCCGGAGGAAAAUGUUUUCUACGUGGAUGAACAUACCAACGCAACUUUUGAUUGCACUGGACAUAAUGAUAUGAUGAAGGGGGUUGAGUGGAUCUACAGCGAGUACAAGAAAAAUAUUAUAGUGCUGGAAAAUGGCUCCUUGUUUUUCACCAAUAUUGUGAGAGAGAAUAGUGGCCUGUAUGACUGUAUUUUGGAAGAAGAUGGAACAUCACUUCAUAAGAUUAAAAUAGUUGUUGUAGGGGUUCCUCAGCCUCCCCAGAAUGUUUCUGUCCACGCCACCCAAGUGAUAGCAAUAGUAAAAUGGCACGUUCACCUGGACGAAGACUGGGAGAACUCACCUCAGGGUCCCAAAACCACAGUCCAUCUCCACUAUCGACCAGUGUCCUCCCAGCACUGGUUGCAAGUUCCUCAUCACCUCAUGCCGCAGGGUCAAACUACUAUCUACAGAUUGAUACCCAACACCACAUAUGCGAUUGAGCUUUGGUCUAGCAAUAGAUAUGGCAAAAGUGAUAUUGUUCCCUUCUAUUUCGCCACAAUGCCAGACGUGGAUGAGACUGAACAAGAGAGCAUGUUGCUGCUAGAUGUGGAGGAAUUCAGCCCAGUUGUGUGGAUCAUAGCCGUUCUGGUGAUAGUGAUUGUGAUCCAUGUUCUCGUAGGCUUCCUGCUCUUUGCCUACUGGCGUCAGCGGCGUAUCGGAAAGUCGGAUGGGGAUGACUGUGAAGUAAUCGAGCUGGUGCCACAUAUCAUUGAGAACCCGGCCUACCAGUUCUCACGGCAUUUUGAUCCCAUGCAAGAAAGUUUUCUCUCGCCCUCUGUGAGCUCCCAUAGUGCUGUAGCACUGGUGUAGGGAAGAGUAUCUCUGAGGAACUACUGUAUGUAAAUCUUUUCUGGGUUUUCAUCAGUAGGAGUAAGGUGAAGAUUUUGUCAUGUAGAUGUGUUUCCUGAUUCAGGGAGAAGGUUAUGGAAGUUCUUUUGCACAGCUGUCCCCGUGAUAGGGCUUCCAAACAAUGCAGUUUUGAAUCUAAAACAUUGCACUCAGCAGCCAAAAACACAAAUAACCUGUAAAUGAUACACUAAGAGACAAAGGUUUGUGUGUUUCAUAAAGGAUUCAUAAAAGCAUUUCAUCUGUGUGAUGUAUAAUGUAAUUUAUGCAGUUAUUAGAUGCCAAAUUACUAAAGUAGAGAAUGCUAAAUCACAAAGCUUGUAUCCCAUUAAGAUAUGCCCCAUUGUAGAGCAUAAACACAAUUUUGGAAUAUUUGUGAAUGCUGCUAGUGUAUGUAAACGUAAGAUUUAUGCUUGUUUGGUCAUGGGAGUAGUUACAUGAAAAGAAAAGUAAGACUUUACUUUAUAUUACAGUAUGAGUUUUAUAUGGUAAAAUUUUGUAUAUUUUCAUAAGGAUCAUGUAGUGUUAAGUUCCCAUCAUGUCAGCUGGAAUCUCAAAUCACCGGAGCUGUGUUUUUCCCAGGUCAUUGGAGCUGUGUCAGUCCAGGUCACUAGAACUGCUUCAGCCUGGGUCACAAGCUGUGUCAGUUUAGAUUACUAGAGCUCCAUUAUCCCAUGUCACAGGAGCUACCUAGUCCAAAUGCACAGUUGUUUUCUGACCUAGGUCACUGCAGUUCGGUAUCUUAGAAUGGUAGGUUACUUGCAAUGCCUAGUGUCUGUACACUAGCUUACCCCCAGUUCUCAUGCACAUGUGAAGGAAAUUAUAUGGGUCUUAGUAUGUCAUUGUUCUGGGACAGAUCUGCAUAGGUGGAGGAAGGCAAGGGACAUUUUCCCGGGCCUAAAACGUUAAAGUGAUGUGAUGAGAACCUUGUUGAUAACUUAGUGAGCCUUUUUUAUAUUAUUGCCAAAGGUGUUCAUUUAUAAAUAAUACAGAAACAGGGAACUGUAAAAGACCUUCAUUUAUGAAUAUAAGUGCUGUAUUUCCAUUCAGAACUAGUUAUAGUGAAAAGUAAUCUUAACAGCUUCAAUUUAUUAGUCUUAUAUUCUUAAAAUACUUAAAAGAAUUUGUAGAAUCUCCAUGAUUAUCAGUUGAAAACUGAUAUUCAAGUGAUAAAGUGCAUUUCCAUUGAAAAUAGCAAAUAUUUUCAAGAAUGUUGACAGCUGUUUUAUGUAAACUGCAUAACAAUAUCUUUAAUUCAACAUUUUAAUGAUUUCUGAUUAGCUUGCAUUGUACCAGAAAUGCAAAGCUAAAUAAAGUAUACAUAAGCAUCAUGAGGAAUCCCUGAACAGAAAAAAAUAAUUGUUCAUGGCUUAUUAAUAGAGUAUUUUACAUGACAUAUUUAUUAAAACUAUGCAUGACAAAAGGUUAUCUGAUUAAUAGUAUUAAUUUUCAUUUUUAAUGAAAGCAUUCCAAUGGCCAUUGAUAUUUUUUUUCUCUCUUUGAAAGAAAAUGUCUGGUAAAUUUGUAUUUCAAGUCAUCUUUAUUUUCUCCAGAUCCAGAUGUUUUAAC